AUGGGGACGAUAACGUACCCAACCGGUGACGUCCUCUUGCGUCUCGUAAAACUCAAAGGCCCUUCUACCACUUCUAAUACCACCACGACAGAUGGUGUCGAUAAUACAUGUGUCGAGUCGAGAAUGCGUUUCCGCCUCAUUUCCGCAAAAAAUUCUUCGGUGAUACCAAUCGAAUUCCUGUACGAAAUCGAUGAUAUCAAUUUCUGUUCUCAUUGGAUUCGGUUGUUCCCGUUAGACGGAGAAUCCUUUAUGGUGUCUUAUUUCACGCCGUUUAAUGAUUCAGCUUCUUCGAAAACUGUAUAUCAGGAAAAUGCGUUGGUGGUUGAUUGGUUUUCUAGAUUUAUCGCUGAGAUUCGAUUUGGAAAUGUCACAGUGAAUGAUAUUAGCGAGCUCAGGAGUGGAUUUGGUGCAGUGAACAUCAAUCCGGACAAUGGCUUUAUAUGGUCUAAUUUCUACGGGGGCGCAGAUUCAACAAAUGGUAGUAAUAAUACUAGUCCUCAGCAACGAUCAUGGCACGCAAAAGUAUAUUUUCUAAUCCCAAAUCAAAACAUGUUGAGGGAGUCCGGCGAAUUCACUGUCUACAACCAUGAACAGCCCGCAACCAAUAUGACUCCAGUCGACUGUACCCUAAAAAGUGAAGAAAACGAAAACAGCAUAUUCACAUGCGUACUAAAAAUAACCGACGAAAACAGUACUUCAUACAAACUUAUAUCAUUCAAACAACAACAGCAACAACCAUCCAUCAGCAACCUAUCCCUAAACAUUGACACAAACGAAUUGAGCGUGUCCAAUGUGAAACCGCUCUCAACCGGUGACGUUUUUGUCGCGGCGACUUAUAAGAAUAAUAAUUCGAUAACCGGGCAGAUUUAUAAAAACGGGGCGUUUAAUUCUACCUGGGAUUAUAAUCAAGUGAAAUAUGAUCAUCCGUUAAUUUCUGGUGUUUUUCAAAAUAAUUCGGCGUAUUUGUUGGUUUCUGCCGGGAAUGAUACGAGUGUGCCAACUCCGUCCAAUUUUACUGUGGUCAAAGAUUGGAAUUUGGUUACCAUUAAUUUCAAAGGUUUAUCAGGAGGAGAAGGAGAAAGCACGGAAGGAAACGUCCAAAAAACAAUCCCUGUGAACAACUCAACGAUCCAGUUAAGAUUCAAAGAAAUAUCAAUAAAAUUCAAAUAUCCAGUCGCAUUAUCAACCGGCAACCUAACAAUCUAUCAAGUACCCGACAAAUUGCGAGAAACGUAUCCCGCCAAUUCCGCGAAACUUACAAACAGUAACUACACAGUCACAAUGUCGGUGUUGGAUAGUACGUUUAAUCGACCCAAUCAAAAAUAUAGUAUCAAGGUUGAUGAGAAUUUUGUGAGAUCGGCUUCUUUUAAUUCUUCGAUGAUGGGUAUUUCUGAUUGGACUGUUUAUACAGUGAAUAGUUCUGAUGAUUCAUCCUCAGAGAGCACCGAUUGCAUAAUCCGUUUAACCGUCGAUGGCACCAACACCUUCAAAUCACUAUCGUCCAAUUACCACAAAUCAUUCCUCGUCUCACUUACCAAAGCCCUCGAACCAAUUGUUCCAAUACCUAGUGAUCGUCUCUACGCACCCGGUAAAUUCCAAUACGCUGAUCACAAAAAUCUAUUGAUAGCCGUCACGAUCGAGCAUUGCGAACGUGUCAAGCGUGUCAAGCGUGAUUAA